AGUUGCCUCAAAGUGACCACGGACCAAGCAGUGUGUCACAAAGAGACAAGGCCACCUCCACUCCUCCGGGAAAGAAGAAACACUCUUCUGAGAUCCAUCACCUUCGCGGGGUCCUCGAGGAGCCAAGGAUCGAAAAGAGCCUGUGUUCAAGACACCGGCCUUCCUGUGGAAGCGGACCGAGUGCAUGAGCGCCUCUCGACUAUGUCCGAGACGUCCUCCCACGACUCCUUCUACGACUCGCUCUCGGACCUGCUGGAGGACGGCGAGAAUGCGGCCUUCUUCCCGGGGCUGUCGGCCUUCCUCAGCCAGGAGGAGAUCCACAAGAGUCUGGACCUGGCCCGCAGAGCCAUAGCCAGCUCGGAGACGGACGACUGCGCCUGCGAGGAGGUCCCGCAGCGCUGCAGCCCCUCACCCAGGAGCCGCCGGAAGCCGCCGGCCCCUCAGGAGGCCCGUGCGUCCCCGGGGACACCUGGGGACAGCAGGCGGGCACCUGCCACGCCUCCGCCAGCCGAGCAAGCCGAGCGCAUCUCCUCGCCCGCAUCGCGGAGGAAGCCCGGAGUCUCGCCCCUGCUGGCCAGGCCCAGCUACAUCCGGAGCCUGCGCAAGGCUGGAAAGCAGGUGGCCAAGGCCCCCGGCGCCAGCGCCAAGCCCAGGGUCGCGCGCCCCGGCAGGGCCGGCCCCCAGAGCCCGCUGAACGACAAGGCGGCUACCCUCAUCGAGGAACUGACCUCCAUAUUUCGAGAAGCCGCCAAGCCCAGAACCAGGAGCCCGGACGGGGAGUCCUCCUCCCCGGACAGCGGGUACCUGUCCCCUAAAAACCAGCCGUCAGACCCAAGGAGCGCCUCGGCCAGCCGCAGCCCCACCCGGGACCAGCAGGAUGUGGAGGCCAGGGCCAGGCUCCCAGCACCCGGGCAUCACCCCACCCGGGACCGGAAGGACGUGGAGGCCAGGGCCAGGCCCCUGGUGCCUGGGCAUCACCCCACCCGGGACCGGCAGGACGUGGAGGCCAGGGCCAGGCCCCCAGCACCCGGGCAUCACCCCCCGGUGGCCCAGGAUGUGGCCCGGCCCAGCCGCAGCCCCUUGUCCCCACCGCCCCUCAGCGCCCGCCACCCCCCAGCCGCUCCCCGCUUCAUCCAAAAGCUGCGGAGCCAAGAAGUGGCAGAAGGUAGUCGGGUCUACCUGGAGUGCAGAGUCGCUGGGAACCCACCUCCUCGGGUCAGAUGGUUCUGUGAGGGGAGUGAGCUACACAGCAGUCCCGACAUCCAGAUCCUCUGGGACGGGGGCGACCUGCACAGCCUGAUCAUUGCCGAGGCUUUCGAGGACGACACGGGGCGCUACACCUGCCUGGCCGCGAACCCCAGCGGCUCCGACAGCACGUCCGCCGAGGUGUUCAUCGAAGGUGCCAGCUCAUCAGACUCUGACAGUGAAAGUUUAGCUUUCAGAUCGAAACCUGGAGCCAUGCCUCAAGCUCAGAAGAAAACCACUUCCGUGUCCCUGACCAUUGGAUCAUCAUCCCCAAAGACAGGAGUGACCACAGCUGUGAUCCAGCCUCUGUCAGCCCCUGUUCAGCAGGCCCCCAGCCCCACCUUGUUCCUCUGCCGGCCGGAUGGACCCGCUGCCGCCUGCCUCCCGCCUGUCUUCACCAAGGAGCUGCAGAACAUCUGUGCGUCCGAGGGCCAGGUGGUUGUGCUGGAGUGCCGUGUGCGAGGCACGCCCCCGCUGCGGGUCUGCUGGUUCCGACAAGGCAGUGAGAUCCAGGACUCACCAGACUUCCGGAUCCUGCAGAAAAAACCUCGAUCCACAGCUGAACCUGAGGAGAUCUGCACCCUGGUUAUCGCAGAGACGUUCCCCGAGGACGCUGGCAUCUUCACAUGCUCGGCCAGCAAUGAUUACGGCUCAGCAGCCAGCACUGCCCAGCUGGUGGUCACCUCAGCCAGCACAGACGCCUGCGGCUACGACUCGGCAGGAGAGUCCGGCAGUGGCCACUUCCCGCCGCCGUCCCCGCUCUGGGAGCCGAACCCCUUCGAGCUGGCGCCACAGAAGCCGGCGGAGGCCCCUCCCGUGAGCGGCCCCGAGUCGGGGCUGAGCCCGGCCGCCGACAGGGAAGCCGCCGGCGUGCACCCCGCACGCGGAGUGAACGGGGUGGUGAACGGCCGAGCCGACGGCGGCACCGCUCUCCCCAGCCCGUCCGCCCUGCUGUCCCCCGCGAAGGAGCCGCCGCCUCUGCUCGCCAAGCCCAAGCUGGACGCGCUCAGGAUCCAGCAGCUGCAGCAGCAGAUCCGCCGGGAGCGCGAGGCCCGCGCGCGCCCCUCGCCGCCCGCGUCCCCGGAGCCCCCGGAGUCGCGCGCGGAGCCCAUGAGCGCGCUGGCUGCCCGCCCCGCGCCCGCCAUGCAGGCCUCCAGCUCUUUCAGCUACGCGCGCCCCAAGCAGUUCAUCGCCGCCCAGAGCCUGAGCCCCAGCGCGCCCCGGUCCCCGGCGCCCGCGUCCCCGCCGACCUCUGAGCCCGAGUGGGGCGCGCUCCCGCCGCCACCCCCGCCGCUCAGCCCGCCGGCGCUCGCCGCAGGGCCCGACUUCUUCCCGCCGCCGCCGCCUCCACCUCCGCCUGGCCCGGGUCCCGCGUCCCGCGCCGCCCGCCCAGGCCCCGCGCCUGCAGCGCUGCUCCGCGCCCUGCUGCCCUCGCAGCCAGCCACCGCCAGCACCGUCUCCACCGGGGUCUCCGCCCUUGGCCUGCCGCGCGCCGCCCCCGCUGCGGGGCUUCCCAAGAAGGCCAGCAGACCUGCGAGGAUGGCCUCCGACGAGGAGAUCCAGGGCUCCAAGGACGCCGUCAUCCAGGACCUGGAACGCAAGCUGCGCUUCAAGGAGGACCUGCUGAACAACGGGCAGCCGAGGUUGACCUACGAAGAAAGGAUGGCUCGGCGGCUCCUGGGUGCCGACAGCGCGACUGUCUUCAACGUCCAGGAGCCAGAAGAGGAGGCAGCCAACCAGGACCCCUGGCCAUCUCGUGCUUCUGUAGAGAGUCCUCUGGACGGUCAAAAGGAGUACAAGGUCUCCAGCUGUGAGCAGAGGCUCAUCAGUGAAAUCGAGUACCGGCUGGAGCGGUCCCCCGUGGAGGAGUCAGGGGAUGAGGCACCCUUCGGAGACACGUCUGUGGAGAGCGGAGUGGCCCCCUUCUUUGAGGUGAAGCUGAAGCAUUACAAGAUCUUUGAGGGUAUGCCUGCGACAUUCACGUGCAGAGUGACUGGCGACCCAAAGCCCAAGAUUUACUGGUUUAAGGAUGGAAAGCAGAUCUCCCCCAAGAACGAUCACUACAGCAUCCGCAGCGACCCCAGCGGGACCUGCUCCCUGCACACCGCAGCCUCCACGCUGGAGGACGACGGCAAUUACACGGUCAUGGCUGCCAACCCUCAGGGCCGCGCCAGCUGCACGGGACGGCUGAUGGUCCAGGCCGUGAACCAGAGAGGCCGCAGCCCCCGCCCGCCGGCCGGACACCCUCACGGCAGAAGGCCUCGCUCGCGGUCCAGGGACAGCGCUGACGAGGGCGAGCCCACCCAGGAGCGCUUCUUCCGCCCGCACUUCCUGCAGGCGCCCGGGGACCUGACCGUGCAGGAAGGCAAGCUCUGCCGGAUGGACUGCAAGGUCAGUGGGCUGCCCACGCCCGACCUCAGCUGGCUGCUAGACGGCAAGCCAGUGCGCCAGGACAGCACCCACAGGAUGCUGGUGCGGGAGAACGGCGUGCACUCCCUCGUCAUCGAGCCCGUCUCGGCCCGGGACGCCGGCAUCUACACGUGCGUGGCCACCAACCGGGCGGGGCAGAACUCCUUCGUCCUGGAGCUCGUGGUCGCAGCUAAGGAAGCGCACAAGCCUCCGGUCUUUCUGGAGAAGCUGCAGAACACGGGCGUGGCGGACGGCUACCCCGUGCGCUUGGAGUGCCGGGUCUCGGGAGCACCCCCACCACAGAUAUUCUGGAAGAAGGAGAACGAGUCUCUGACCCACAGCACGGACCGCGUGAGCAUGCACCAGGAUCACCUCGGCUACGUGUGCCUGCUCAUCCAGGGCGCCACGAAGGACGACGCGGGCUGGUACACGGUGUCGGCCAAGAACGAGGCCGGGAUCGUGUCCUGCACGGCCCGACUCGACGUGUAUACCCAGUGGCAGCAGCCACCGCCGAGUGCCAAGCCGAAGCGGGUGCGGCCGUCAGCUAGCCGCUAUGCCGCGCUCUCCGACCAGGGCCUGGACAUCCGAGCGGCGUUCCAGCCCGAGGCCGGCCCGUCCCCGCUGGCGCUGAGCCCCGGCCUGGUGGAGAGUGAGGACCUGUGACCAGCGCCCUCUCGGGAGCACAGACCCAGACCACACCGCCCAGACCCGCCUCCUGCCUCGGGACGCAAGUGCACCUCGACUCCGAGAGACAAAAGGGCACCUCAACUCUGCUUUUCUUCCCGUAAAGCAAACCAGAGGCUGCGCACACAAUGCCAGUAGAUGCACACCUUGCACAGAAUUCACACUCAUCAGCCAACUCAGACUCCAGGAAUUGCUGUGAUUCAAGGGGUCUGAAAUGCCAAAGCCCUCACGGAGAAGUGACCCUGCUCCGUGUUGUCCCAAGUGCCUUCAACACUGGCUCAGUGCUGCCACCCCGCGUGAGCGCGGGGGCUUCCCGGAGGCAGCCCCACAGCAGCAGGGCAUGGCCGGGCAGUGUGUUCCCGCCACUGGUGACCCCGUGCGGGCAGCAGGAGGGCACGACCAAGAAAUCCACGCAAGUGCCUUGUCUGUGCAAACCAUUUUCUACUAAGUCGUACAAAGGAACCGCUUGCCUGCAGUUCUAGCAACAUCCUGAGUUUCUAUCAAGGUUAAGGAAGUGCCUUGUCUGUGCAAACUGUUUUUACUAAGUCUUAGGAAGGAACCGCUUGCCUGCAGUUCUAGCAACAUCCUGAGUUUCUAUCAAGGUUAAAACCUUCGUUGUUAGCUUUUUCUUUAUGCGUAUUUUCCUUUUGUGUUGCCUUGGUAGGGAGCUUACAUACUGAAAUGCGUAAUGUACUCUGAGGAAAGCAGAAACAGACCACAGACCAUUCCACGGAGGGCGUCAACCACCCAAGUGACCACGGCAGGCGGGGUGUGUCGGGGAUGAGGGUCCAGGGAGGAGCGGAGGGAAGGGGGGAGAAAUACACGGUGCAUGGUGAUGGUGUCCACGCAGGUGGCAGGGGGGCGGGAGCCAGUGGAGGCCAGGCUUCCCUUGGUUCUCUUCAAAUUCCAUCUACGACGCUGCCGUUCCUGAGUCAAGAAGCUGGGGUUCCAGCGGUGGGGGCCCUGGGGACACUGCAGGGUCAGAGCUGGAGGUGGGAUGCACAGAGCAAGUUGGUAAUGGGCUGAGCAGCGAGGUCGUCACGGGUCGGAGGCAGCCUGUAGGCACUGGUCUGCUGGGGGUUUGAGACUGAGCCAGAGCCAGGUGGGCGCCAGGGUGUGUGUUCUCCACAGCGCCCGCACGGCGGGUGGGAGCGUAAUUUCUCCUCCCUGCGGCCAUGAGGCCGCUGACUGAAGAAGGUGCUGGGCUCCCAGUCAUCCCAAGGCCGUCCCGGUGCCCCUGACUCUGGUCAGCUGGACGGAGUGAAUUCUGACCAGGCUUGACGGUUUUAACUUGGAACCAAUCCACUUUAAACACGAGAAAAUGGGGCCUGCUAUGAUAUGAUAAUGGUACUUUGCUAUGAAGAGAACACACUGUAUUCCUUAUGCAAAACACAUUUAUCUCAUUAUUUAUGAUAAAGAUGGCAAGCUCUCUUAGCUCAGUUACUCGAUAUGUAGUAUUUUGUAAUGAUUUUGUACCUGUGUGCCGCCCCAUGUAGCCCGUUUCACUGCUUCACAUGCACAGCUGUCCACGUCCUUCUCGACACGCCAAGCAAGCUCUGCGUGCCCAGUGUGAGCGCUGGUGCCUGCAGCCUGGGCAGACCGGCACGCGAGGCUCUCCUGGACCUCUCUCUCUUGCAGAAUUACGACUGAUGUCUUCUCGUACUUGCCAAAUUUUCCCGAAUGUGACAUUUUGCUAAUUUGCUGGGUUUGGGAUUAAGCAGCGUUAUUUUGCCACCUUUCAUGUAUUUAUAAAAACAAUAAGUACUAUCUUACUACUUUGGAUUGUUGUGCUGGUGUAAUGUGGAUUUAACAACAAUAAAUAUUUAACAAAUAA